AUGCCCAAGUCGAUGAGCGGCACCUUUGUGCACAUCGUCAAGCACAACGGCAUCCGCGGACCUCUACAACGGCCUGUCGAGCCUCCCUCCUCCGGCAAAUCACCUACUCCACCACACGCCCAAGCCCCCCUCGCUACCCCUCCUGAUCGCCAUGGCCAUCCACCUCGGGCUUCAUCGGCGGCAUCGCCCGGCAACGCGGCCGACGUGCUCAACGUGCGCAUGCAGCACGACGCGGCGCUGCCCGCGGGCCAGCGGCGCAACUACGCCCACGCCGGCGACGGCCUGGUGCGCAUGGUGCGCGAGGAAGGCGCCGCCAGCCUGUUCCGCGGCGUCUGGCCCAACAGCGCGCGCGCCGCUGCCAUGACCGCCAGCCAGCUGGCCAGCUACGACGUCUUCAAGCGCACCAUGCUGCGCCUGACCCCCAUGCAGGACAACCUGGCGACGCAUUUUAGUGCGAGUUUCCUCGCCGGUGUGGUCGCUGCCACUGUGACGAGCCCGAUCGACGUCAUUAAGACGAGGGUCAUGUCGGCGACGGGUGGUGAUGUUGGUGUGGUGGGCGUGCUGCGCGAGGUGUACGCUAAGGAGGGAAUGCGGUGGAUGUUUAAGGGUUGGGUGCCGAGUUUUCUGAGACUGGGACCGUGA